GUCUCCUCCCUGCCUCCGUCCUUACUACCCCGCCCACCCUCCUCUCUCCCUAACCUCUUCUCUUUCAACUCCUCAUUCUCCUCAGAAGCAUAAAAGCCAGGAACCCCGAGAGCUGCUGCGCGCUGUGGAUUCCACACAGGACCCCUCAGCUGUGGGCUGUGUUCUCCCAGCUUCAGGAUGGCCUGCCCCACGCGUCUGGUCCUCCUCCUCGCCUUCUUGCUGAGUCUGGCGGAGACACCGGAGGCCGCACCUGUUCACAGGCCUCAUUAG